AUGGGAGACACCGGUGCACGCGCCCAACUCGACUACCUCUGGGCUGCAGCAGUGGCAGAGAAUGACUGGGCGUUUCACAACUCCACAUCAAAGGCCGUGCAGGCCUUCGUUGAUGCCGCUGUCGCCUUCGGGAAGCCGUACAACCUGCCAUCCCCCUUCAGGGUGUCCGGUGCGCUGCUUCAGAAGCUGAAGGUCGACACCGAGGAGCUUGUCAAGCCGAUGAAAGAAAGCUGGAGCACGACCGGUUGCACACUCUCCAUCGACGGCUGGACGUGUCUGAAAAGCCGCGGACUUGUGUGUGUCAUCGCACACAACGACACGGCUCCCGUGAUCGUGGAUAUUGUGGACUCCAAAACAUCCAAGAAGACGGGCGAGUACCUCGCCGGGCUCAUCAGCAACUCGAUCGAGACGGUGGGCCCCAAAAACGUUGUCCAGGUGGUCAUGGAUAACGCUUCAAACAACAAGCGGGCGUCCGACCUCCUUCGUGCGGACUAUCCUUCGAUAUUCUUCACCAACUGCGCCGCGCACACGCUGGAUUUGAUGCUUCACGAUAUGGGGAACAUUCGAGCCGUGAAGCGGGUUCUUAGCCAGGUCCAUCGAGUGGUGAUGAUGGUCAAGGGCAGCGCAUCUGCCGUCACUCUCUUCGAGGACUUGUUUAGCAAGCUUUCAUUGGUGCGGCCUGGUGCAACGCGCUUUGGCACGCAAGUGAUCAUGCUGUCCCGCUUCCUAGAGGUUAAGCAAGCACUGCGCUCGAUGGUGAUUAGUGAGGAAUGGGGGGGGAUUGCGGUGGCACAAAAGGAGGAGGGGAAGGCGGUCCGCAAGCUUCUAUUGGAUGACGUGUUCUGGGAGUGCGGCACGGCGGUGCUCCGCCUUAUGACGCCGGUGUACGAGGUCCUACGAACCGUGGACACUCGGGCUCUAGUGAUGGGCCAGGUGUAUGGCCUCAUGCUAGAGGCCACGGUCAAGACUAACGAGGCCGCCGAGGCUGCAGCCACAAUGUUGGUGAAACGCACCUCUCUGCUGGCGGCCAAGGACAAGCCGGCAUUUAUGGCCUCCAUCAAGGCAAUAAUUGCCAAACGGUGGGACGGCCAGCUCCAUAACGCAUUACAUGCCCUGGGCUGGCUGCUCAACCCACGCAAUCAGUAUUCGGGGGAGGUGAGGACUGAUGCCGAGGUAAGACGUGGUGCGGACGAGGUGUUCCAAGCACGGGCCGUGGAUGUCGCGCAGCGCGCACUUCUAAGUGUGCAGCUGACCCAAUUCCACAAAGGAGAGGGCAGUUUGGGAUCGGAUGAAGCGCGUUGGGCAGCAACGCAUUUGGUGGCGUGUGGGCGCUUGUCGGAUGCCGAGUGGUGGUGGAUGUACGGGGGGGAUGUGAAGGCGCUUCAGGAGCUGGCUAUGUCGUUGCUAUCACAGCCAGUCACCUCGUCCGAGGUUGAGAGGUACUGGUCCGCCAUCGCACGGGUGCAGAGGCGUGAUCGAAACCGCCUCACCGCCAGGAAGAUGAUGGAUGUGACGUUCGUGGCAUUCUCUAGGAGGGCCAGGGCCGCAUUCGACCUAAAAGCUGAGGUGAGGGCGAAGCUGUAUAAGGACCUGAGCAAUGGCACCCUUAAGGAAGGGUGCAUCAUCCCAACGGCACCCACACCAGAGAAGGAGCUGGGGGAAGAGGAGGAGGGAGAUGAGCCCGAAAAGUGCACCAUUGACUGGGAGCGGUUCGGGAACAUCGGCAAGAGGAAGAAGAGGACAGAUGAGUGCUCCAAGAGGAAGAGAAAGGGGAAGGGGAAGGCAACCGUGCCAUGCAAGGGAAAGGGCAAAGCACGUGCUGCUGUGGCUGCGGAUGAGGAGGAGGAGGCAGCGGACAGCAGUGGAGGAGAGGAGGAGGAGGACGUGAUUCGUAAGGAGAAGACUCAUAAGAGCGUUGACCCGUGGGACUGCAGUGAUGGUUCGAGCGGGGAGGAAGAGGUAGAGGAGGAUGACGAGGAGGAGGAGGAUGAGUAG